AGUGUGUAUGUGGCAGUAUAACUUGACAUCCUACCGUUGGACUCCAGCACAAACACUAAUUAAUUCUCAGAAUGAUUACUCCACAAGCUUCUCUUCUUCCUUCGAUUCAUCGUUCAUCCUGUCUAGGUAGGUAUUUCUCAUACCAAAAUUAAGCUUGCUUGCAAUUAUCAAUUCAUGAAACACCACCCGCAGGUGUAUCGUUAAUGAGUUUUAGACUGUCGAAAUUCCAUAUUUGGAACACUAAUACCAACGUUUGCAAUUGCGCAAUGCAAUAGCGCCUUAUGGCCCUGUUAUUUCCUCAGCUGUGGCGUAAAAUUGCAUUGCAUAUUGCGACUAGGUCUGCAGCGUAGGUUUGUUGCGUUCUUCUCACCGCAAGUCUUAGCGGCAAAUCAUACGCAAUAAACCAAAUAACCAGUUCUUUCCACCGCCUGCUUUCAGUUGCCGUUUGGUCGUUUCUUCAGCCUUCUCUCUUUGACAGUUCAACUCCUAAAAAGUUCCUUGGAAGAUCAGACAUGGCUAUGGAGGAUUCAAUGAUGGGGCACAACGGAAAUCCUGUCAAAGAACCUAAUAAUAAUAAUAACAACAAUAAUGAUCAAGUGAAUUAUGUAAAGUUUCCCAACAAUGGCAAUGAUGAUGUUACAUUUUUCGUGAAUACGGCGAUUGCUCAACAGAAUGGGGGAGGACAUGUUGAUCUAGUCAGAGAGAGUUCAGAAGUCAACAUAACUGAGCAUGUCAAUCUGGACAGAAAUAGAUAUGGUCUGAUUGAAGCAGCGUGUCAAGAAACAUCAGAGAGUGCAUCAAGUUCUUUUGACGAAUCUAUUUCUGGCGUUGGUGAUGAUAAUGAUCUUUAUGGUGAUGCUACAUCAGCACUCGCAUUUGGUGAUGUUACCAAUUUAUCAGGAAUGAGGAAGAAGGUGACAUCUCAGUGGAGAGGUUUCAUAAGACCACUGAUGUGGCGGUGUAAGUGGACGGAGCUGCAACUUGUAAAAUUCAAAUCUCUAGCACAAAAGUAUGACAAAGAGCUUGCUCAUUAUAGUGAUAGAAAGCAGAUUGAGUUCGGAAACAUUAGACCAGAAAUUAUUAAUUCAAAAUCAAUUCCAUUUCCCUUCACCCCUCAAAGGAACAAGGUACAUGGGAGAAAGAGGAGGAGGAGAGAUGAAGAGAAGCAGAAUAUUGCAGAGUAUAUGUCCAAGCAUAACCUGUUUUCCAUCUAUGAAAAUAGAAAGUCUCUUGCUGAUGGUUCUUUCUGGACUAAUCAUCAGUUCAAUCCAGCAUUGGUUUCCUCUGAGGAGCGGAAAAGCAUCAAUGAGUUGAACCUUGACAAGGAACCAUUACAAAACAUUAAGUUGAUGGACAUGAGUAACCCAAUGGAGCAAAGACUGAGGAAGAUUUGGGAUUUGCUGUCACGAGUUAGCACGAUCAAAGCUGGUUUAGAAAAGACAAUGAGUGAAAAUGGCAGCAAUGGCAUAAUUCAUGCCGAUACCACAAGCUUGCAGAAUAUUACUGAAAAUGGCGGGAAUGGCAUAAUUCACGCCGAUACCACAUGUUUGCAGAAUGUUACUGAUUUGUCCCCUGAGGACAGGAACAAAAUGACAGAACGAUGUCCUGCUAUCGUUGCUCAGCUUUUGGCAGAAUAUAGUAUGAGAGGUGGCUUAUCCAUACCCUGUAGUGACAUUUGUGAAAACGGGAAAAGUAUGUCGGAGUUGACUGACCAAUGCCUUGUUGUGGGUACUCGUGUAAAUAACGAAGACAUUUUCAUGAUAUAUGACCAUAAGAUGAAGGAACAGAUCAAAAGCUUCCAAGAGGUUGAGGUGAUGAAGUGUGAAGACAAAUGUUCCCUUAGGUAACAAUUGCCAUUUACCAACAAUUACAAGGAAGAGGCUGGGAAUUGAACUGUGGCGGGAUGAGCAAAAGACCUGAAGAUCAGCCGUGCUUUUUUCGGGAUAAAAGUAUUUUUAUGAUUAUACGGAGUAGCAAUGUUACAUUUGCAUUUUCCCGCAGGUAUUAGAAAUAUGUACAUGUCUUGUUCAUAUGGGGUUAAUAAACUUUAAGUGUGUUUCAUUUGAUCUAUGUUUCAAAGAUGAAACAUCUAAUCAUUUGAUUGGCGUUCUCUCUCACACACACAUAUAUUCGUUCAUAUCUAUUUAGGAGCCUACCUAGCCUAAAUUCCGUUUUGCUGUACUAUUUUAUAUGAAUAUGGAGGGUUAUUUGGUCAAUUUGAUAUGUUUCAUUUUAUUGGUUUGGUAAAG